UAAUGGAUUCCGGCGAUCCGGAGAAAAUGGAAAAAUGCGGACAAGAUUUUACCGCAUCGGACCUUUUGGAACCAAAAAUGGAAAUGAUGGAACAAGAAGCCAGCGACGAGGAACGGACUGCUUACCAACAGAUUUAUUACAACGAGAACAAUGCGCUCGCCAACCCGUUUGCAACACUGCCAGGUAACGUGGAUCUCAUGGCCGGAUUGAGCACAGACCUCCGGGAAGAUAAAGCGGAAGGUAAAUAUUUUCUCUUUUCUCACUGUCACGUCAUUCUCACACGCACACGUCUACUCGGACAGCCGCGCCCCCGGCGAACCUUUCGAUGUCACAGUCAACGUAUUCGUUUAGAAUAUUUAGAAGAGAGCGCGCGCGAUAUUGUUCAACUGAGGUGGCUAGGCGCGCGGGUGUCGGGUGCGGACGCGCGGCCGCACACCCUCAAGCCCGCAACCUCCUCCAAUGCUAACAGGUCUACCCCACAAAUAUGUAUCUCUUAUUAACACAAACACUAAACGAUAAUAAUGUCAUCUGCGUUAUCCUAAAAAAAUAUUUAACAGCAAUUAUUCAUUUAAUAACCCAAUGAAACGGCUUUAUUUACUUCUGCGGUUUUAUUAGAUAUCCGUGCAGAACCUAGCCUACGUGCAUCGUAAAGUUAAAGUUAAAAAUAAUGUUAAAUCUACAAAAUGUCCCUCGAUUCUACCAACUUUUCAUGAAAAUCUAUCUUGAGGUGUAGAAGCGCAUAGGCAGUACCUUACAUACAUUGAUUUUUUUGAGUGCUGCAAAGAAGCGAUAUUGUUUACAAUCUGCGUUAAGUUUGUGAAGCAGUAGAUUCGUUUAUUUUGUCUAAUGUUGAAGUACCGCCAUACUUUUGAAGAUAAAAUAUUCAUACGUAAAAGUUUACAAAAUACUAUAGGUCUUUAGGGCAACAAUUAAGCUUGAAAACGAUGUAGGUAUGGAACGCGGCGACGACAAUACACAGCUCGGGAAUGUGUUAAGUAUCAACUUAAUAAUAAAUCUUCGUGACCAUUUUUAUUAAAUAGGACAUCAAUGAGUGAAUCUUUAAUUUAUGGAUACUAGUACCCAGUUUUUGGUUAAGAAACAUUGUACCUAUUAGCAUUGGAAGGUG